UUAAGUGUCUUGUACAAUAAUGAAAUCAUGAAACUGUUACGAUAACGUUUUAACACAAAUGCAUUUACACAUUGACAUUGUGUUGGCAGGGACAACAAUAUCCAAUUAUAUUUCAACUAUAUUCUGAAUGAAAAAGUACUGUUUAGGAUGUUAUUCAUUGCAAAUGUUGACACAUCUCAUUACAAGUGUUAUCUGCACUGUAUGACAAUAAACUUGAAUUGAAUUGAAAUGACAUUAAACACACAGCCCACAUAAAGAGCAGGCUUUUAAUAUCAAGGUGGCUCUCAGAGAAAAACAGUUUUCUAAGAUUUAUCAUUUCACUGCUCUGUUAUCUACUUUUAAUUUUGAUUGUUAUGAACUACUGUACAGUGAAGUGCUUGGUCAGCAAAUCUGAAAAGAGGAUAUAACACUGUAACAGUAUACUUAUUACAACAGAGAUAUUCAAAAUAAAGAUCUUACAAGACAAAAAAUCUAAAUCUUGAUGCAAUGUGCUUCUGUCAUAAUGAUGUAGUUGGCAUUAAGUAUAUCUUCUUGUCUUGCAAAGUAUGACAGAUGUGUUGAAUCUCAGAGGGAAAAACCUCAAUAAAAUCAUAACACAUUUUUAAUGAUAAUUCUUUUCUGGCCUAAACUUUCUUUUAUGAUUUAAAAAAAACUGGCCAAAGUCAAAAAAAUCUAUUCUGAAAUGUAUCAAAAUAUACUUGACAUUUAGUUUGGUCAUUUGAAAAAUAUAUCAACAGAAUAUGUUGCAUAACAUAUGAAAGAAGCGUGUCUUCAGCAUACAGUAAACAAACAUUUUCUUUUGAGUAUUUCAAAAAAGCUGCUACAAUCACAGUACCAGUCAAAAGUUUGGAUACACACUUCCAUUCACUUGAAUGAGAAAGUGUGUCCAAACUUUUGAUUGGUAACUCAGUUUUACUGAAAAGAACAUUUAUCAAGAGAUCAACAAUUGUCAAUUCAAUUAUUCUCUAAAAUGCUGUUACUGUACAGCCAUAUUAAUUUCUUCUCUGAUUGUUUACAUGAUACAGACUGAAUCUUUUUAUUUGAUAUGGAGUAAUCUUUCCAAGGUUCUGGAGGAUUUCCUACAUGGCUAUUAAAGUCGAGAAAGUGUAUGUCAACAAAAUAAAUACUGCAAUAAAGCACAGACAAUUGGUGAAUAACAUUACUUUGAAAACUGUUUUUCUAUGAAUAAGGGUUACAGUAUCUCUUGCACACAGGAAAUCACACAAACAGAAAUGAAUAGUGUUGCUGAAAUACAUUUCCAGAUUAACACAUGAAAUUAAGUUUCCUGUGUUUAUGGGUUUAUGGCUAUACAUGUGUUUAGGUGAAAGUGUGCCUAAAGCUUACAUUAUCAAUAUGGUAUGUAUAUUCGACAUCCAGAUGUGUUUUCACACAUGUUACCCAACAAGAUAAGGCAAAAAAUGUAAAUAUGUCCUUGGCCAGUCAGAUAACAGAGGGACAGAGUGGGUUUAAAAGGGCCUGCAGAGCAUCUCAGCCGACACUGAGAUUCAGACAAAAACCACCAUGAAGGCUUUCAUUCUUCUGGCUCUGUUCGCAGUGGCAUACGCCGCUCCCAUUGAUGAUGAGGAUGACAAGAUUGUGGGAGGAUAUGAGUGCAGAAAGAACUCUGUGCCCUACCAGGUGUCCCUGAACGCUGGCUACCACUUCUGUGGAGGUUCUCUGAUCUCCAGCACUUGGGUGGUGUCUGCUGCUCACUGCUACAAGUCCCGCGUCCAGGUGCGUCUUGGUGAGCACAACAUUGCUGUCAGUGAGGGCACCGAGCAGUUCAUCAACUCUGCUAAGGUCAUCAGGCACCCCAGAUACAGCAGCCGCAACCUGGACAAUGACAUCAUGCUGAUCAAGCUGAGCAAGCCUGCCACCCUGAACAACUAUGUCCGCACCGUGUCCCUGCCCUCCAGAUGUGCCAGCUCAGGCACCCGCUGUCUGAUCUCUGGAUGGGGCAACACCAGCGGCUCUGGAAGCUACUACCCUGAUCGUCUGAGGUGCCUGGAUGCCCCCAUCCUGAGCGACAGCAGUUGCAGGAGCUCCUACCCUGGACAGAUCACCUCCAACAUGUUCUGUGCUGGAUUCCUUGAGGGAGGCAAGGACUCCUGCCAGGGUGACUCUGGUGGUCCCGUGGUGUGCAACAAUCAGCUGCAGGGUGUGGUGUCCUGGGGUUACGGUUGUGCCCAGAGGAACAAGCCCGGAGUUUACGCCAAGGUCUGCAACUACAACUCCUGGAUUCACAGCACCAUGUCCUCCAACUAAAGUCUCUUAACAGCAGCUUGUUGUAGGAUAAAAAGUUGUACAUCACUUUAAUUAAAAAAAACCCUGAUAUAUUUGACUUCUUUUGAGU